AGGCUACCUGCAACAUCUCGUUCAAAGUAUCGGAGGGAAGAAGUCGUACGAGCUCCUUUGCAAGCUCAGCAGCCGUACCAUACUGUUGAAAAUGGCGCAGCAACGUGCCACAGCAGCAGCCUUUCUGCCCUGUCUCCGAGCACGACUGGGCCCGACUCGGUUAGGAACCUCAAGCUCGCGCGUCCACCUUUUUGUAAUCGCCUCAAGUACAGGAACACCUCGCUACAACAGUACCAGUGGUAGCAAUUUAAGAGCUGCACCAUUAAUACCGGGCAACAGCACUGCGCGUGUGACCAAAUCGCUCUCCGGCUCGACGUCAGCAUCGCCACCAGCGUCUUCCGCCUCUGGUACCCCUCGCGCAGCUGUGGAUCGCACUCGGUCAAAACUCCCAACAGCGAAAGCCAAGGCCCAAGCUUCCAAAGCUCUUCGUCAGCAGCUACAAGCUGCAUCGCAGCGCUCUCAGAGUUUUGAUGUAAUCCAAGCAAGUGAGCGUGUCACUGAUCAAAUUGGCCGAACGCACGCCGACGAAGAAGGCACGCAUUCCGGCCAUUCGUCGAAGGGCAAUGCGGUAGCAGAGCAGAAUCAGCAGCAACAUCUGCCGCAACAGCAUUCCUCAAGCCCUUGGACAUCGCAUUCUGCAUCUGUAUCCGCAAGUUCAGCAGCAGCGCAAUUGAAAGCGCGCAUAUUUCCUUCUCCGUCUCAGCUUGAAGAAGUUGUGGCGUGGGCAACAGCGGACUCGUACGACUUUGACGCUCUGAUCCGCAGUGGUCGAUUGCCCUCGGGCUGGACGUUGCUUGAGGAUGAUGAGGCAAUCCACAUACCUUUUUGGCCUCAGCACUUUCAUCCCACCACUUCACAGACUUCACAGCAACAACAGAUCACACCGGCAGCCGGGACGGGUGAGGUUUUCAUUUUUCGAUCAGGCUCAUACGUCACUUGGGGGCUCUCAGAAGAUCAAAGUCAUCGUUUUCUAAGGAGCGUAAUUCGCGGAAGACCUGCAUCCAGGACCAGUACCAAGGGUAAGGCGUGCGCUGCGGACGAACUGCCAGUCGAGCACGAGAAGUAUCAUCACAUCGGUGAUGAGGGAAUGGAAUGGGUGUGGAGAGAAGAUGAACCAACUCGCAUUGUUGGGGACGUACUUGUCUUGGGGCACGCACCCCAUGUGCAGUCGACAAGAGGCAACAAAACCUCCACUACCGAAAUGCGCAUCGAUGCGGAUGUCACAAGAUCAAAAAUAGCAUCAUCUUCCACCUCAAAUAACGCAGCAGGAACAGCAUCGGAUGAAGCCGACUGGUCCCCGCUCCUCGCGCGUCUUGCUUAUUCGCAAGGCCUGGCGCGUUCCGCACGCCUUUCAGCACAAGAAGAAGCGCUGGACAUGUUCCUCUCUUCUGUGAAUUCCAUUCCAGAGCAACUGGAAGCGGCAGGGAAGGUGCCGUUGCCUCGCAAAGAGGUGAUCAGAAAGAUGGGGACGCUGUUAAGGUUGCGUCAGAGGGCGAAUUUAGGGAAAGACAACUUCCUGGAUGACCCAGAAGGCCAUUGGGAUAAUGGCUCCAUGGAAUAUCAUUACGACGAGAUUUGUCGAUCUUUGGACAUCGAGCCGCGCUUCCGUGCAUUGAACGAGAAGCUGGACCACUGCGAAAAUCUUCUCGGUGUCAUCAGGGCAUUGUUGACCGAGCGCUCGUCCCACCGAAUGGAGCUGAUCAUAAUUUACCUCAUCGCAUUCGAGGCGACGCUAGCAGUCAUCAGCCACGACUACGUACCGACGCCGAAACGUAUCUGGCGAGUUAUGACAGGUCUUGGAUGGAACGAUGCCAAGUCGGCACAGCACGGGGGAGCGGCACCGGCGGACACUAACAACUCAAACGUUGCUGCUACUGCUGCGCACUCCGCGUCUAAUGUGGCAUCUAGCCCGUCAGAGAACGUUGAGAUCGGAUUGACGAUCGGACUUCUCAGGCGAGCACUCUCGCUGCUAGACCUUCAAGGUGAAGACGCAGAAACACCUACGGCACAUGGCGCAGCGACACCAACAUCCGCACGGAGUGUCCGUCUCGUUUAGCGCGUGUUUGCUUGGACAGGCCCGUCCUGGCUUUGAAUGCCACACUCUUUAUGCGUACCACUUCCCGUUCGACUCCUUUCCAAUGCAUACAUUGUCUUUCAGACGCGUAACUCUACUAUACAUUCGUGAAAAUAAGGGUGAUUUGCUUGACAGGUGACGCCGUAUGAUGACAACGGAUCCCCUCUCGUCAGAAGACAGACCAGCUGUCAUCAAUUUUAACAAGCGAAAAUAGGCGCCAUGCGCGACUGAGCGGGUAUGGAGGGUGAAAAGGAUACGAUGGAGAGUGAGCUGCGGUUGGGCGAUGACGAUGCGUUACUGGAUGCUGUAAGGUACCGAUGUAGACACCGGAGGAACAUGUGCAAAUG